AGCCGGUCACAGAAUGACACAGCCCACAACAAAACCAAUCUGCUGGGCUGGCUUCUCUGUACAACCACAUGCCUUCUGCCGUGCGCCGAGUUAAAUUGCAAUUUGGAUCCCUGUGCGAAGUCCAUGACAAAAGAACCGUCAGUUUCAUAUAACUGGCUGCCUUCAUGUACUUAUUACGGAGAUAAAGUCAUCCACUUUGUAUGAUGCCUUGGAUUUAGCCGGCCCACAUGAGUGAUAUGAAUAACACACUGGAUGGAAUACACACUUCUGGAAGCCUCGAAGAGAAAGCAGAGAUUUAUCAGAGUGGCAGGGGUAAUGUGAGUGGUUUUCCCAGCCCAACCCUCAUCCCUUUGCGAGCUCCCUUACCAACACCAAAUGCUCAGAAGAUCAGGACUACGCUCUGCAAGGGGAACAGGAGCAAUACAAAGGGAGAAGAAUCAAUCUCUUCCCCUGUUCCGAACCCUUUCCCUGAGCUCAUCGCCUCAGCCCUCACCCCCCUCGUCUAUGAAUGUUUAUUACCAUCAACCAAAAGUAGUGCAACUCAGGUAAUCAAAGUUUAUAAUGAAGACAAUACCAGCCGAGCAGUAGAGGUUCCAAGUGACAUCACUGCCCGGGACAUAUGCCAGCUGUUUGUCCUGAAGAACCACUGCAUUGAUGACCACAGCUGGACUCUUUUUGAACACAUCUCUCAUCUGGGAAUAGAGAGAACCAUUGAAGACCAUGAAUCUGUCAUGGAGGUGCUUUCCGGCUGGGGAAUGGACACAGACUGCCGGCUGUAUUUUAGGAAGAAUUAUGCUAAAUAUGAAUUCUUCAGGAAACCCCUGGACUUUUUCCCGGAUCACAUGGUCUCUAUAUCCAGUGAAACCAAUGGGAUGGUGGAUCACUCUCAGCUUAUACAGACCUUUCUCAACUCCAGCACAUGUCCAGAGAUACAUGGACACCUCCAUGCCAAAGAGCAAAGCAGGAAAUCGUGGAAGAAGUUCUAUUUUGUACUGCGUAGGUCGGGCCUUUAUUUCUCCAAUAAGGGAACUUCCAAGGAACCAAGGCAUCUCCAGUUCAUUGCCGACUUCAGUGACAGUGAUGUCUACACGGUUUUGUCAGCCAAAAAACUACAUGGAUCACCUACAGAUUACGGCUUCUGUGUCAAGUCAACAAAGGGUAGUUCGUCCCGGGACUUAAAGCUGCUCUGUGCGGAUGAUGAGCAGACCAGGACCUGCUGGAUCACAGCCAUGCGCUUGUUAAAGUAUGGGAUGGAGCUGUACCAGAACUUUAUCCAGCCACACCAGAAACAAAAAGCUUCACCAAUGAGGAGCAUCUCAGAGAAUUCACUGGUGGCCAUGGACUUUUCUGGCCAAAAGAGCCGGGUGAUCGAGAACCCGUCCGAGGCGAUGUCUGUGGCUGUGGAGGAAGGCCUGUCAUGGAGGAGGAAGAGCUGCCACCGUCUGAGCGGCCAUGGGAGCCCCUCCACAUCACACUGCUCAUUGUCAAACAUAGCUCUCCACUUGGCUCAGUCCUGGUUCCACGGCAAGCUGUCGAGAGAGGAGGCUCAGCGUCUAAUCACUCAACAGGGCCUUAUUGAUGGAAUGUUUCUUCUGAGGGACAGUCAAAGCAACCCUAAGACUUUUGUACUGUCACUGUGCCACACGCAGAAAAUCAAACACUUUCAGAUCAUACCCGUGGACGAGGAUGGGGAGUUAUUCUACAGUCUGGAUGAUGGUCAAACACGGUUCACCGACUUGAUCCAGUUGGUGGAAUUUUACCAGCUAAACCGAGGAGUUUUGCCCUGCAAGCUCAAACACCACUGUGCCCGUAUCGCCCUGUGAACAAGGGGCCAACGAGACCCCCAAGGGCCCAGAUGCACCUUAACUCCAUGACCUUUCCUGACAAACACUCCCAGUGUUUUUGUGCCUUGAAGAAGAAGAUCUACAAACUAAAUAGCCAUACUUACUGAAACCACUGUUAUAAUCCACUAUCAUUGACAUUCAUAGUCUGCUACAUGGGCCCUCCUUCUUUUUUAUUCUUCAGAUAAAGCUGAAUUUAAGAACAGACAAUAAUACCUGACCACAUGUGCUGAAAAGGGUGUGCAGCUUCUAUAGUGAAGUCUUUGGCACUGUCAUACGUACAUUCAUGCUGGCAAUUGUCGUACACAACAUCUCUGUCCUCUUCAAUUUGAGCAAACCAAGCUAUCGUUCUUUUCUUUGUAUUUCUAAGCAUUCAGGUAUUUUUUUUGUAAAGAAAAUUGCUGUUGUUUUCUAUAUGAGGGCUAAAAUGACCUCUCAGGAAGUGCCCCUGUGCAUGCCCUGGGAGUUUGACUGAGACUGCUGUAGAGGGGAAAGGAGACGAUGUACAGGUGGAGAGAAAUGGCACACAACCUCUCUGCUCUGCACUGUACAUUAAUUUUAAACACAUGUCAUUAAAUGAAAUGUUUGUAUUCCAUGACAUUAAUUGUUAGCUUGGUCUAGGGUGAGAGCAGUGACAUUUAUUUCACAAGUUUUAGAUAAAGCCAUUAAGAAGACUGAUUUUGGACUUCAGGUAUGCAGUUUGCAAUACAUGGCUUGGGUUUUGAUGGUAUUCCCACUGCUGUGGACACUGCCAUUAAUGCAUCAGCUUUUAAAAACAAGCUAUUUUAAAUCAGUAACAUGACUGAAACAGCAUAUUCUGUUACUUUAAUUAUUUUACAGCUGUACAACAUUGCAUUGAACAAUAAAUAUUAUGGACUGCAUAUUUUUAUAUAUAUAAACAAA